AGCGUGUUGUCAUAAUUGUGUCUGCAAAAGCUCGCUUGAUUUCAUUCCACGAUUGAUUCGAUUUGCUUUGUUUUUGCUAUUCGCGAUGUGCCGUGGAUAAUGACUCGCAUUCCCAGAUGCAAUUGACCCACUGAACGAGCCCGCUGCCCCGCUGCCCAGCUGCACUGCAUCCAUUACAGCAACUCCACGGUGAAAUCCAGGCAAGACCCGAGAAUCGCCCCCCAAAUCAGCCAGGCACCAUGUCAACGGAGAGCAACACGCCCGUGGAUCCGAGGGUCCAGGUGGAGCUGGAGAAGCUGAACUCCGCCACGGACAACAUCAACCGAUACGAAGUGGAGCUCGAUGAGGCCAAGUGCGAGUUCAAGCGUUUGCUGGCCGAAAGUGUGGUGAGGAUCAAGGCGGCCGCCCACAAGCUGGGCAACUCCAUUGAUGCCGCCAAGCCAUACUACGAAUCUCGCAUCUACGCCGCCCAGCUGGCCAAGGAAACCCAAUUGGCCGCCGCCAGCCACGAGAAGGCCAAGUCCAUUCAUGCCGCCGCCAAGGAGAUGGUCUACCUGGCCGAGCAGGGGCUGGGCGAGAAGUCGACGCUGGACACCGCCUGCCAGGAGAUGCUCAGCCACGCCGCCAGCAAGGUCAAUCAGUCCCAGCUGGAGGUCACCGACACCCGCAACGCCCUCAAGAUGUGCCAGCUGAAGCUCGAGGUGGCCAACAACCGGGUCGGCAAGCUCCAGGGUCAACUAAAGCAAGCGCUCCGGGCAUCCAGAUUGCAGCUCAAGCGCAAUUUACUUUUGUUGAGAUAUUUUAGCAUUAUGCACGCUUUGUAUUGUACCCUCUGUUCGCCGUACUACGAGACCCGGGCGAACUACAAUGGACUGCUGAAGGCCCAAAAGACGCGCGUCAACGAGCUGGAGGCGAAGGUCAGUGCGGCGAAGCUAACGUACAACGAGGCGCUGAAGAAUCUGGAGCAGAUUUCGGAGGACAUUCACCGUCAGCGCCAGCAGCGCAAUAACCUGCUCAACUACGAGGCCAUGCUGCGUCAGGUGGACACCGUGGACACGUUGACGGCGGGUCUGGAGAGGAGUUCAUGCGGAACUGACGCCGAUCGACAGGAUCUCGAGGCAAAGGCAGCCGCCGAGGAGCAGGAGCACGUGGAGGAUGAGGAGGAGGAGUACCUGCGCAUGCCCGAGCGUCUGGGCCACCACGAGUGCCCCCACCUGCUGGCCGAUUUCGAGGCGGUGCUGACCUUCCCGCAGAAACUGGCCGGCGGCAUGCACAAGUCGGCCAGCACAGGUGCUGCGGCGGAUGGGGAAGCCGGAUUGGGACCGCUGGGCCUGCACGCUCCCUACGAGGUGAAGUCGGGCAGCGGAUCUCUGGCCUCGGGAUCCGCUUCCGUAUCAACUUCGGCUGGCGGUGCUCCGGCGGACAACGACAUUGAGCAGUGGACGGAGAUCCGGCUAUCGCAUUCGGAUAGCACCAGUUCCAGCUACUCCAAUCAGUCGCUGCUCGAGCAGCAGGGCCUGGAUUCCACGGGCGGCAUGUCCGGCGGCCUGGGCCUCGGCCUCGCCAGGAAUCAUCUCGAUGCGGAUGCCCAGUCCCAGCACUCGACCUCGUCGUCCGAUGAGCCCAAGCGAAAGGUCACCUGCACGACGAUAUUCCAGGACGAUAGCAGUGCAUCCAGCGGCGGUGGCCAGCAGAUGAGCCGAAAGCAGAGCCUCAGCCAGUGGCUGUCCCGCUCGAAUAGCUUCAAGGGCAGCGGUCGGCGCCAGAGCCUGGAUCUGCUAAUCGAUGCCGGCGACAAGGUGAAGGAUGUGUUUAGCUACGGCUUCCAGAAGGUGGGACGCAGCCUGGAGCGCCGCAACAGCGAAUCGGAGAUGUCCGGCGAUUGUGCAGCCGAAGGAGAUGCACUGCUCGGCGGCACAACGGACUCACUGGCGCUGAGCGGUGGCGGAGCAACCGGCGGAACCGGCGGUGGAUCCGGUGCAGCAGGUGGAGGAGGAUCCGGUUCAGGAUCUGGCGGCGGUGCCGGUGAUUUUUUCCUCUUCAGCAGAUCUUCAGAGCCAAAAGAGUUACUGUCCGAUGAGCAGGUUGAGAAUUUACUAUUAAAUCACUUGGUGGAUGAGAAUGGUGCCAUUAUAGUGGAGGAACUCAAAUCGCCCACAACAACCACAAGCAUGUACCACACACACCAACAUCAACAGCAACAACAACAGCAGAAUCAGCAGCAGAAGCAACAACAAAAGCAACACCAUCAGGCACUAAACGUGGUUGGAGCCUUGCUGUUUUGAGCCGACAGCGAAAUACCCUACACUUAGAAAAAAUAUCAACACCAAAACGCCCUCACCUUCACUCACACACAUCAAUGCGGUGAUGGGAAAAGUCACUUUUAAACGAAUAAUUGCAAUAUAGUUCAUAGAUGAUGAUCGGAAGUGCCACAAGAGGUAUUUAAAGUUUCGAAAAUUGCACUAUUUUUGAGCAUGUGUUCGUAACUGAUUUUCAAAAGUACCUUCAAUUUAGAAAACUCUUGUUCGGCCGCGGUCACAACUCCCAUCACUGCAGGCAUACAAUUAUGAAUUAUGGCAAAAUUUUACUCUAUGAGUAUUGGGGCAUCCUUACGAUCCAAAAUCCAAUUAGUCAAAAGCGUAGCGUUACAUAUCAUUCAAUACAAAGACAUCAAUCCCGACGGAUCGAAGCGGAUGAGAUGGAUGGGCCAGCAGGAAUCUUUUAAAUCCACACCAACGCACUCAGGCACGUGUGGCAAACUAUGUUCUAAUCCUAAAUAAAAUAUGUGCAAUAAUUUAGUUUAUGUAGUGGCAAAUACAUAAAUAAGAAAGUUACAUUUUAUGCUGUUUACAAAAAGCAAAUAACUAAAUGCUAGUCAACAAAACGAAAUCAGUUUAAUAGUUUUAGUGUGUACGAGCUAAACAUUCGGCAAAAUGAUUUACAAGAAACCCAUAAAAAUACAUAAGAGUGUACAAAUAAUGGUAAAUGUGGUGUGCACUGAAAGAAAACGGAGAGUGUGUUGACAAUUCGCGUUAAAUGCCGCAUCAGCAAUAUUACUUUAUGGAGACAUUUGAAAUACAAGCGGCUUGAAAAUUGUCCCCGAAUUCUUCGGUUUUCUUCUGUAUGCGCCACUGAGUGUUAAAUAAUUGCAUAUAUAAAUACCUGCAUAAAAUUAUAUGAAGUGUAUUAUACAAAA